AGGGGGAGAGCGCGCGCUGUACUGUAUACUGCCGAGGAGGAGCUUUCCUCCGGAGUUCAGUUCACAGCCUCAGCACCGAAACCGAGUCAUUGCAACAGAUGAACACACUAAGUUAUUUAUAGCUGGUCGUCUAUAGCUAAAAGCUGGUGCCAGGUUUGUGUUCUCCAAGACCCUGUAUGCACGUUUUCUUUUGAAGGAUAUGGUCACAACCCCGGUCUCAAAGUGGAGCCACGCGUAUCUCGGAUCGGCGCGCUCCUCCAGGGGCUAGGAUGCGCGCCCGGAACAUCCAGGUUCUUGCCCGGGUUCGGGUCUGACCAGGAGUCCACUGCCCCGGGUCGCCUAGGCAGAAGGACCCAGUCGACCCGGACCAGGAUGCCGGUGAUGAGGGGUCUGCUGGCCCCGCAGAACACCUUCCUGGACACUAUCGCCACCCGCUUCGAUGGCACCCACAGUAACUUUGUCCUGGGUAACGCCCAGGUACAGUCCCUCUACCCCAUCGUCUACUGUUCUGACGGCUUCUGUGAGCUGACCGGCUACGCCCGCGCCGAACUGAUGCAGAAGAGCUGCGCAUGUCAUUUCCUGUACGGGCCGGAGACCAGCGACCAGCUGACGGCGAAGAUCCAGGGGGCAUUGGACGACAGGGGGGAAUUUAAGAGUGAGCUGGUGUUCUACAAGAAGGGAGGUACCCAGUUCUGGUGUCUGCUGGACAUCGUGCCCAUUAAGAAUGAGAAGGGAGAGGUGGUGCUGUUUCUGGUGUCCCACAAGGACAUCACUGACAACAAGAAGGACCAGGACCCAGAGCAAGGCCCAGAGACUGAUGAGGAAACGGGUCUGGAAGUGCACAAGGUCACCCGUCCCCCAGGCUUCAACACCAACCGCAGACGCAGCCGGGCGGUGCUCUACCACCUGUCUGGACACCUGCAGAAACAGGACAAGAGCAAGAUCAAACUCAACAACAACAUGUUUGGGGACAAGCCACCCAUCCCAGAGUACAAGGUGGCAGCCAUUCAGAAGUCCCGAUUCAUCUUGCUCCACUACGGGACCUUCAAGGCAGGCUGGGAUUGGCUAAUCCUGCUGGCUACCUUCUAUGUGGCAGUCACGGUGCCCUAUAAUGUGUGUUUCACUGUGGUGGGGGGGCGGGACGAAGGGAGCUCUGCCCCCCGCAGCCCCCCCAGUGUGAGUGACAUCCUAGUGGAGAUCCUCUUCAUGCUAGAUAUUGCAUUGAACUUUCGGACGACCUUUGUGAGCACGUCGGGCCAGGUGGUGUACGAUGCCCGUUCCAUAUGUGUGCACUACGUCACCACCUGGCUGUUUGUUGACCUCAUCGCUGCCUUGCCCUUUGACCUGCUCUAUGCCUUUAACGUCAGCGUGUACUUUGGGGUCCACCUGCUGAAGACAGUGCGGUUGCUGCGCCUGCUGAGGCUGCUACAGAAGCUGGAGCGCUACUCCCAGUACAGUGCUGUAGUCCUCACCCUGCUCAUGUCCAUGUUCGCCCUGCUGGCCCACUGGAUGGCCUGCGUCUGGUACUUCAUCGGACGCAGAGAGAUCGAAAACAGCCCCAACUCCUGGGACAUCGGUUGGCUCCACGAGUUGGGAAAGCGUCUGGGCACCCCUUACUUCCUGUCUCCCCUUGGUGGAGGGAUUCUGGGUGGGGGUCCAUCAGUGAGGAGCUCCUACGUGACGUCUCUGUACUUCGCUCUGAGCAGUCUGACCAGCGUGGGCUUCGGAAACGUCUCAGCCAACACCGACUCUGAGAAGAUCUUCUCCAUCUGCACCAUGCUCAUAGGAGCCCUGAUGCAUGCGGUGGUGUUUGGUAACGUGACUGCCAUCAUUCAGAGGAUGUACUCCCGGCGCUCCCUCUACCACACCCGUACCAAGGACCUGAAGGACUUCAUCAGGGUCCACCGCCUGCCCAAAGCCCUGGAGCAACGUAUGCUGGAGUGCUUCCAGACAACCUGGUCUGUUAACAAUGGCAUCGACGUCAGCGAGUUGUUGAAGGACUUCCCAGAUGAGUUGAGGGCGGACAUCGCCAUGCACCUGAAUAAGGAGCUGCUGCAGCUGCCGCUGUUUGAGUCGGCCAGUAGGGGGUGUCUGCGCUCCCUGUCCCUCAUCAUCAAGACGUCGUUUUGCGCCCCGGGAGAGUUCCUCAUCCGCCAGGGAGACGCUCUGCAGGCCAUCUACUUUGUCUGCUCCGGGUCCAUGGAGGUGCUGAAGGACAACACUGUGCUGGCUAUACUAGGGAAAGGGGACUUGAUCGGCAGUGAUUCUCUGACCAAGGAGCAGGUGAUUAAGACCAAUGCCAACGUGAAGGCCCUGACCUACUGUGACCUGCAGUACAUCAGUCUGAAGGGGCUGAGGGAGGUGCUGAGGCUAUACCCAGAGUAUGCUCAGAAGUUCAUCUCCGAGAUACAACACGACCUCACAUACAAUCUCAGAGAGGGCCACGGAGCUGACGUUGACUGGGAGAGUAACGGAGGCCUGGUGAAGAAGCUUUCUUCCAUUAAGGAGGAUGAGGAGGGUGAUGAAGAACAGAGCUCUGUAUCGUGUGCCCCCCGUUCCCCUUUACGUCUCACCAGGGUUCUUAACUCGCCCCUGCGCUCCCCCCUGCUGCCCCCUCGGCCCUUCCGCCCCCCCUCAGAACACACCCGCCCCGCCACCCUGCAGAUACCUGUGGUCAGCUUCAGCAGCGCACCGCCGGAGCUUAGUCCCAGGUUUGUGGAUGGUAUUGAGACAGAGAGAAAUGUGAACUCAACCCAAAAGUUUGAGUUUAGCUCCAGUCUUCUACACAGUGGUCCACCAUCCCCAGGACUAGGGAUCCAGGAGCAGUCAGAAAUCAAACAGAGUGUCUCUAAGCUGAGUGACGAGAUGAGCAGUCUCUCCCAGCAAGUCUCUCAGCUCAGCCAGGAACUGCAGGAAAUGACCCGCCUGCUCCGGCCCCUCCUCCUCGUGGCGCCUCAGCCAAUCCUGACAGCCAUGACGCCCAUCCUGACUCCACCGCUCAGCAGUGCCAGCCAACCGUCCUCCAGGACACCUCUGGUGGUCCCACCUCCAGCCCCGCCCUGCUCCCCACAACCCCACCCCCGGCGAACGCAGUCCUGCUCACUAUUGGACGUGGACAGUGCUGACACAGGGAGGGUGGACCUGCCAGGUUGCCUCCUCCCCACCCCCCCUCCACAGAGGCCUCCAGCCCAGGCCCAUUCUCCAAUCUCCCCAGGGAGAUGCUCCAAGGACUUACUCCGCUCCAACCCCCCUUCCCCUGGGACAGGAGACACAGAGGGGUCCACCCACCUCUCCAACGGUUCUAACCACUCCAACCUCCCGGUCUCUAGCAACGGGUUCUUCCCUGUCCAGGACCGUCCUCCCCUUGCCUCCCGCACCCCGUCCCCCUCCCUUUCCUUCUCACUGUCUCUCUCCUCCUCGCCCUCCUGCUCUCCCUGCCAGGAACCCCACCAUUCUCGACCAGGCAGUCACAGUAGCCACAGCAGGGGCCUGUUCCCCCCGCCUCCCUCCCAGGAGACCCCACCCCCACCUUCCUCCCAUUGCUCUGCUCCCCCGUCACUCAUCUCCUCGCCUGGAGACCAUAGGCUGAGGGUGGUCAGCCCCACCUUUUCCUCCUCCACUAACCUCAUCCCUCCCACGUCCUGUCUUAACCCCUCGCCCUUCUUCCCGGGGCCGUUCUCCCUGGACUCUCUGAGGGGGGAGACACAGGGGGGCCCCAGGCUGGAGGCAGGACACCUGGAGCUUGAGAUGCAGGAGUGGGGAGGGGAGAGGGGGGAGGGAUGCUCCCAAAUGAUGGAACACAUCAGCUACAUCGACGAGGAAGGGCCAGCUCUGUGACAGAGAGGCAGAUUACAUGCAAGAAGAAACAGUAGAAGAGAGAAUGACAAGAAGAGAGGAGAAAAUGUAGCCAGCUGGUCCAGAGAGCAACGUUGAACCUGUGAUAUGCACACAGACAGACAUAUAGACAAAUGAAUAGACAAACAGUGGUCAGGUGGAAACCAAUGACAUCACUGAAAAAGAUCCCACCAGGACAGUAGCAUGACACCUAAUCUAACGGUGGUCUAAUCAGGCGAUCUGGCCAUGUUCUGGUCAUGUUAAAGCAACAAAUCCUUUGGUAUCUGUGGACGUCAUGAUGUCAUAAGUGAAAUGUGCAUCCUUUUCCCUACCCCUCUGCUGACUCCAUAGAGAGCAUGUUGCCCUUGCCAGAUUUUCCCAACCUACCACCCCUUCAUGACAUGACAUAGGACUGGAAAUGUACACUCAUAUUCAGUCUCUGUCAUGUAGAUUCAGUAUCAUACUAACAUAUAUUGCUUGGAUAUCACCAUAGCUGAUGUGGAGUUAAUUUACUUAAUAUUACUACUUAAUAUUCCUUCAGAGUUUCUCUUUAGAUACAUUGGGACCUGUUUCUCUGCUACUUGUUAUAUGGAGGGUUAUUUGUUAGUUUUGGAUGACCCCAUUAGACUAUCUCCACAAACUACAUACACACUUGCACUGUGGUCUUAUAUAUAAUGACACCCUCAGUGUCGAUCCAGCAUUCAUAGUAAAGCCUACACACCUUAGUUUCUCUCCCUCUAACAAUAUAAAAACACCACAAGAGAAUCAGUGAGCUUACAAGACACAUGGAUCCCACCAAAACAUGAAGACAACACUACUGUAGAGUAGAUGUGAAAGGGCAACUCCACCACUUUUCAACCUCAUUUUCAUCAUCUCCAGCUAAAUACCAGUCAACAUAUGUGUAAAAGUUUUGUAGAAAAAGAUCUUUAGUUAAAAUGUUCUACCCAAUGACUAGCCUGAUUGAUGACUCACACUAAAUGAUUCCGCUGCUGUGUUGUUAGCUACAUACUUAAGUCUGAGACUGCCAUCAUUGAAGUCAUCUGUGGUGACGAGGGGCAUUGUACAACACAAAGUCCCUUUAAUACUCUGAUUGGUUCGCCUCUAACCAAUCAGAGUAUUAAAGCUGCUUUUCCCAAGCGUGUUCUGGCACUGGCCCAAGCCAUCAGUGUCUUGACCAAUCAGACGGCCCUGAAUUUGUUCGCAAUCGGUGAAGGGUCAGGGAGGUACUCAGAGCCAGACUCAAUGCGGAGAAGGAACUAACGUCUGUGGGCGUGGAGUAUAGUCAGAGCAAGGAGCCUGGGGAGCCAACCCGAUGACAUCGUCAAAAGUUAAAACAUUUUAAAAACUUUCAUUUUCAAACACUAUGAAAUUUGCGGUGAUAUGGGGAGCAAGAAAAUACCCUCCCUUGGGCUAGAAAUUCAUUGCAGGUUUUGAAAAUCAGUUUUUAACUUUUAAUCCUACCCUGUGAUGUCACAGAGAAGCAUCUUUUUAACCACAGAAAUGUGCUGUUUUCACACACACUACCGUCCAAAAGUUUGGGGUCACUUAGAAAUGUCCUUGUUUUUGAAAGAAAAGCACAUAUUUUGUCCAUUGAAAUAACAUAAAA